UGAACAAGAGCUUUGACAAAGAAUUUUGCUAUAGAUUGGCUUGACCUGGGAUUAGCCAGGGAAUCUUCACUAGAACAAAGAUGAAUUCUGAACAUUAUUCCAUAACAGAGAACAGCUCCUUGCAUCCAGAGGGUGGACAACAAGGUAAUGCUGCCAGCCCUCAUUUUGCAACACAGCAUGAAGGGUCCCUUCAAGUUCCUAUCCCAUGUGCUGUUGUGAAUGUGGUCCUCAUCACUGUUUUAAUCAUAGCUCUCAUCGCUAUGUCAGUGGGCCAAUACAAUUGUCCAGGCCAAUAUAUGUCCCCAUUGCCAUCAAAUAGCCAUGUUUCUUCAUGCUCUGAUGAUUGGAUUGGAUACCAGAAGAAAUGCUAUUUUAUUUCCACUGAAAAGAGGGGCUGGAUGCCGGCCCAAAACUUUUGCUAUGAACAGGGUGCUACUCUUGCGUUCAUUGAUUCUGAAAAGGACAUGAGCUUUUUAAAACAGUAUGUGGGUAUAACUAAUCAUUGGAUUGGGCUGAAAACUGAAGAUGGUCAGACAUGGAAAUGGUCAGAUGGCAAAGAAUUUAACAACUGGUUCAGCCUCCCAGGAUCUGAGAACUGUGCAUUUCUGAAUGGUACAGGGGUCAGCAGCACAGCAUGUGGAAAGAAUUUAUAUUCGAUAUGUAGCAAACCCGCUAAAUAAUGAGGAAACAUAUUUGCUUUUAGACUGUUAUACCAUGGAACUCAAGGAAAUUUGUGUUGAUCGAUGCUGCUCUACGGUCAGAAAUUUUCCACAAAGACUUUCUGAAAAAACUUUGUCUUAUUUUGGAAACCUUCUUCCAAACAAGACUAUGGGAAGAAAGGUAGCGAAAUUCCAGGAAUAUCUGCAUUGUGGAACACUCUUGCCGUGAGCGGAAAAAGUCACAGGUUGACUGAUCGUUACACCCAAGAAUGAGAAGAAUGACUUUAAACCUUAUGGAUGCACUUUAUAUUUUUUAGAAUUAAAAAUAAUAAAAUAACUAGGCUUAGAGUUAUUAUUUAUUGUUGAAUGACUACCAAAACUGAGUGUGCUUCAUGUAUUUGCACUAUUUGAAAACGUUAGGUGGUGGUAUUAAAAACCGAAUGUAAACAAGAAAUUUUAACUGGCAGCACAGACAUUUAGUCUAAAUGCUUUUUUUUUUUAAAUCAGAGAACAUGUAUAAGUGGACAAAUGCUUAUGAAACUAAGCUUUGUAAUAUUUCUCUCUUUUUAGAGAAGUUUGCCAGGUUACGUUGUCAUUUUCCCACCAAAAGAGUGGUAUGAUCAUGUAUUUAUAUUGUUGUUGUUGUUUUUACUUCUUCUGUGUAAUUCAUCUUUUUCAAUGUUACAUAAUUCACUGUCUUAAGAAUCUUACAUGUAGCAUUUUACAGAGAUAUGGACAAAAACAAAUAUGAGGAAUAUUUGUGAAACAGAUAAAGUAUUGGAAAAUGUGCAAUAUGUGAUGUGGCAAAUUCCUAUCAGGAAAACUUCUGUAUUGUCAAACUUGGAAUAAUAAUGGUCUUAUCUGACUAUAAAUGUGUACCUUUCCUAAUCAAUUCUAUCAUGUGCAAUGCUUCUUAUGAAGUAUUUUCCGAGUGCAAUAGUGUUUCUUUGUCUUUUGUAUUCAGUGCCAUUAUAAGCUGAUUUUAUGUAUGUUAAAAUAAAAGUAGAAUCAACCAUAAAAAAAUAAAAGUAGA